UCUGUUGCAUCAUCUCCAUAAGUGGCUGUUAAGGUAACCAUCGAUGGCGUAAAAGCUUAAUCAAGACUCUUGCGUGCCCGAAACCCUCCAAGAAACUCGGGCUUUACAAUCUCUUCAAUACAACCCACAUUAAAUUCUGCAUAAUUCGUUUCUUAAUUACUAGCACAGAGACCAAGAACACCAGUGAAGAACACACACUGUGGGUCUGAUUGUGUUUGUGCGAAAGGUUGUGUUUGUAUAUGUUCAAAGAUCAGAAGCCAACCUGGGAAAGCACGGAGAGUUGCUGUUGGAUGGCAUUUUCGACUGCUUCCAUGAAAUCACGGCGGCGCUUGCUUUCACUAGGAUGACGGACUCUGCUUACCGUGUUGAAACCAUAUCCCGCCUCGCUCAAUGGCGUAUCGAUAAUUUCGCGUCUUCUUCGUACCGGAAAUCUGAUCCUUUCAAGAUCGGCAAGUGGAAUUGGCAUUUAGUUCUGGAAAAGAAUCGAACUUUGUUGAUAAAACUCUUCCCAGAGAUACCAAAGUUAGCUAGAGAUAAUCCUCCGAUUGCUUCCUUCAGCAUUCGUAUAGUUUCUUUGUUGGGAGGUCGCACAACUUUGGUUCAUCCAGAAAUUAGGGAUAAGCAGCUUAAAAUUGGGGUGGAUUUCGUUUGGAAAGUUGAGGUUCCAUUGGCAGGGAGAUUCAUCAUCGACGUUGAGUUUCUUGACCUCAAGACUGUACCUCCAAACGGUGGCGAGCCUCAUUCCAUUUGGAGUGAAGGGUUUCCACAAAAGGAUUCAAAUUCACCGGCACUCUCUUCCAUUGGCAAAAUGUUAUCGGAAAGCAUCCACACAGAUAUCGUGAUUUGUGCUUCUGAUGGAAACAUUGGUGCUCACCGUGCGGUUCUUGCAGCACGUUCACCGGUUUUCCGUAGCAUGUUUUCCCACGACCUCAAAGAGAAAGAAAUGUCUGCCAUUAACAUCUCCGAUAUGUCCCUUGAGGCUUGUGAAGCCUUUCUAAGCUAUAUAUACUCGAACAUAAGACACGAAGAUUUUCUGAUUCACAGACUCGAUCUUAUCAGAGCUGCUGAUAAGUACGAUGUCUCGGAUCUAAAAGAUGCAUGCCAAGAAAGCUUAUUAGAAGAUAUCGACACGAAAAACGUGUUGGAGAGGCUACAAAACGCGUAUCUGUACCGUCUGCCGAGAUUGAAGGUUUGCUGCAUUGAGUAUCUUGUGAAGUUUGGGAAGAUAUUUGAGAUUAGAGAAGAAUUCAAUGGGUUUAUACAAUCUGGUGAUAGGGAACUAAUUGGUGAAGUCAUCAAUGGAGUUCUUUCUGUUUGGGAAGGUUUCUGAAUGUUAUAUACAUUGAUUCAUGAAAAUUGGUAAUGUUGUCAUAAGAUUGAUUUAUAUAUAUGGCUUGUUGUUAAGAAAUCUUAAUGAAAAUUACUUAGGGCUGUUUGAC